AAACAUAACAAAACUUCAAAGUUUUCAGACGUUUCUACUCGCUCAGAGAUGGCAGCUGUGAUGAUGGGUUGUUUAGCAUUCAUCAUUUUACUUGGUUCAACAACCUUAACUCUCGGGAAGCAAGAAGUUAGCAUUGGAGGAGACGAAAAUGUCACGGUCGUUCAGCGACGAAUUAGCAGAGCUAGCGGGCUGCACAUGGUCGAGUGGGUAGAGCACGGGCAUCGGAAAAAGAGGGCCACGUUUAACGAGACUGCUCGAACGUGGCCACAUGUUAUCCCUUACGUCAUCGACCCUUCUUACACUGGUGACCAAUGGACCUUGAGGCAGGUGAUGGAACACAUCUCCAGCCGAUUGUGCAUCACAUUCAAUGACGUCACCAACGCCUACGACCCUGAAGACCCCAUAUGGUUCUCUAGUCAAGGGUUCGAAACCAACUCGUACAUGAACAUAAAAACGACAGGCGGGUGUACAUCGGAUAAUGGACAGGGAAAUAACUCAGCAUCAAUAAUAGUAUCCCCAUGCGACGGAGUUGGCAUCAAUAUUCACGAAAUGUUUCACGCUAUUGGCGCCACUCACACACAACAAUCCCCCCUCAGAGAUCGUUACAUGAACGUCCAUGAGUCUCUGGUCAAGCCGGAAUUCCGCAGCUCUUACAAAAAAGACACAACGUCGACACUAGUGUCUGAAUUCUUUGUCCCGUAUUCUGCUGUGAUGUACCAAGAUAGGAUAAUGCACCUGACUGGUCAAGAGACCUUCACGCCUAUCAGGGAUGAUCUUUACCACACCGUCCCGAGCUUCGGGGAAGAACACGAGCUAUUCGUCGAACUUUCUAGAAUAUAUAGAUGUAACGAACUAUUCUGCAACAACGACCAGACGGACUGUGGCCCAGGCUACCACACGUUGAUCAAUGGACAGUGUCGCUGUGUCUGUCCGGAUGAGUUGGAUUACAACACCAAUUGUAGGACACACAUUAAUGGAUCGGCGAAGGACAUUUUCUGGCCUAACACCCAACUAAUUCUGUAUGGAACUAAACGUUGCCCCACUGGUUUCGAACCUACACCUUCCAGUCUACCCCUCUCGGGAACACAGAAGCCGUUGCUACAACCAAUGCCUGAACCAUACAAAAUCAAUAACACAACUAUAACCAUUCUUCUGUGCAAAAAAUCCACCCCUAAUGAGACGUCUGAUGUCAACUGGAGUUCUUGGCCAAAGGGAGGCGACUUUUGUUUCGUCAAGAAUCGAGGAGAAAUCUGUGGGGGAGAAUUUCUUGACGGGGCCCUCGAGUUUAAGACUACAGACAUAAGCCACCCAAUAGGGGACAUCGGCAACAUCACCAUCAACGGCACCAUCGUCAGGAUCAACUACUGCUGUAGGAACGGUGAACAUUUUGGCUUGAUCGCCGAUCUGCCCAACUCAGAACCUUUUAGGCUGGUAGCUGAAUACGCUAAAUGUCCCGUUGUUAGAGGAAUGAAAAGCACGUAUUCUGGUCUGACCUUCUAUACAAAGCAUUCGCUGAAAACUGGUGACAAACAUCCUUUUAGUAUUUUCAACAACAGUUUGUUUCACCAUUACGUGUGCCACUACCAGCCCCCCGUCUACGGCUGCAGCCAAUUCGUCACUCUAAACAGCACCAAAAAGUCAGUGACCAUCACUACACCUGGGUUUGCAUCCAAGAGGGAGCCAGACAGGCGGUGCUUUUACAGUUUCAUUGUACCUGCUGGUUCUAGACUAAGGCUGACCUUGAACAAGUUUGACCCUCACGGAAAUGAUGACUUUCUAGUCAAGCGUAACCACAGGUGGCAGGAACCCGUGAGAAUAAGCGAAGACUUUAAACCUAAUCAACUGGUGAGUGAGGGAGACUACUUGUCUGUACAAUACUGGGCAUCAUGGGAGACAAUCACAAACAAGGGAAUUAACUUUACAGUGGAUGUUGUGCUAGCUAAAGAGAUGUGUUACGAUGUGGCUACAAGAGGGGCAGACUACUACGGUGAGAAAUCUGUUACAGAAACUUUCGAGCCUUGCGUCCCUUGGGAGAAAGCCACAUCUUGUGAUGACUUCCCCUUUGAUGGGAUCAACGGGAUUUCCCUGUUAGAAAGCGGAAGUAGCUGUAGAAAUCCAAAUGGAUCUCUCAUUCAGCCUUGGUGUUAUACAUUUGUUGAUGGCGAAGCUUGUCAUAAACGCUACUGUGACGUGUGCAACUUACUAACCCCGGUUGACGCACUGAGCAACUGUUCCAAACUGAAGGAAACUGUCCCAGAUUUUUGCACAAGUGCAGUUGAACGUUUAGGAUGUUUUAGCACGUGUGGUUUUUCUACACAGAAAUAUAAGCCAGCAACGUGCAGCCCACCCAGCCUACCAUCUGAUGUGUACGCCGCUGGAGGAUUAAAGAGUGUGUACAAGGAAGGGGAGGUCAUCAACGUGACUUGUACAACUUCCGGUUCUUUUGUCAACAUAAUCAGAUGUACCAAAACUGGAUGGUCGGGUCAGGCGCUAAACUGUAGCGCUGCCGCCGCGUGUGACGAUAAAAUCCAAAACUGUCAAAAUAUUUUGGCCAAAUUCCCAGAGUUCUGCAUUUCCAAACGUUCUUCUAAUUCAGCCUUGACCUACUGUAAAAAAACUUGUGGCGGAUGUUCAGGAAAAACCCAGUGCAAAGAUCCUGUCGGAAAAAAAUAUUCCCGGACGUCUAAAGCAGAAGUUAUUUCCCCUGGUCAGGUCAUGACUUUUAAGUGUCAGAAUGAUUCCUAUUACGUCAGCGGUGACCUGCAGAGAGCGUGUUCCGUUUCCGGUGCGCUGCUGGGGUCAGAACCUGUUUGUCAGAGUACACCAAUUGCCGUGGACAUACAGUUUGAAAAGAUCAGAAAACGUCGGGAAGAUUUACCAAAUGAAGUAGCCUUUCUGUUGGAUGAUGACAAAUACAGAAUCCCAUUCAACGGUAAAAUAACGAAGUGGUACUACUACUGUCAACAAGCAGGCAAUAUUGACUUCAUCGUCUUCAGACCAUCAGGGUCAGACUACAAAUUUGUUGGCAACAACAGUCUCAAGUGUGAGCCGAGAUGGAUCAGGACCUUCAACGUUCCUGUGGGGAGUCAGAUACAGGUCCAAAAGAAUGACGUAUUUGGCGCCUUUUCUCUAGAAGAAAACACACUCAGUAUCACCGAUUGCUACAAUGCAACGGUCGAGCUACUGUUGAAUCCCAUCAAGGAAGUGACGUCACUGGCUGAGCUACAGGCGACUACAAAGUUCCAGGAAAAGAAGUGUUUGAUACCUUCACUGGGUGUGAGGCUUGAGCCUAGUUAAAAUGUUUUGGUUUCUCUUACAUAUUUGAAUCUUGAUCUUUAUCUUAAAUAUUUUAAUAGUGAAUUUUUCUUACUGAAAGCUACACAUGAGCAACCUUUUUUUAAACGUCACUUCUUUCUGAAUUCUUAAUGUGAGUAUAAAAAAAAAACUUUUUAGAAGAUUGUCCAAAAAAGACUAUAAAUAAAAUAUCUGUGUUUGAAUAAACAA